AAGACCGACUUGGUUAUCUUGCCUUUGAAUUCAGUUAAUUACAGGAAUACCCUCGUGGAAUAUCCAAAAUUCGCAUCAUUUGGAGCUUCCUUAUGGAUGUCGUAGACGGAGGAGGAGGAGUUGAUCGGGGACGAAACCCUAGAGCAACAGCUAUGGAGAGGAGGGAUUCAGAUGAUAAGAUCGCAGAGCCUUCUUGGUUCUCUCCUAAAAGGCUUCUCUUUGUGUUUUGUGUUGUCAACUUGAUAAACUAUAUCGAUCGAGGAGCUAUUGCAAGUAAUGGUGUCAAUGGGAGUCGUGGUAGUUGCUCCUCCGGUGGUACUUGCUCAGCUGGGACCGGAAUACAGGGGGAUUUCAACUUGAGCAACUUUCAAGAUGGUGUUUUGUCUUCUGCUUUCAUGGUUGGCCUUCUUGUCGCCUCUCCUAUCUUUGCUUCUGUUGCCAAGAGUGUUAACCCGUUUAGGCUUAUUGGAAUUGGGUUAUCCAUCUGGACUCUGGCUGUGAUUGGCUGCGGUUUAUCCUUUGAUUUUUGGUCCAUCACAUUCUGUCGAAUGUUUGUUGGUGUUGGUGAGGCAUCAUUUGUAAGCCUCGCUGCCCCAUUUAUCGACGAUAAUGCCCCUCAAGCUCAGAAAUCAGCGUGGCUUGCAAUGUUCUACAUGUGUAUUCCGACUGGGUAUGCUCUUGGCUAUGUAUAUGGUGGACUGGUGGGGAGUGUUCUUCCGUGGCGUGCUGCAUUUUGGGGAGAAGCUAUACUUAUGCUUCCUUUUGCUGUUCUAGGUUUUGUUAUCAAACCCUUGCAUUUGAAAGGUUUCGCUCCUGAUGAUAAAGUAAAACCCCGGACAGAUAACUUGAACGUUUUGCCAACUGGUUAUGGGUUCUCAGCUGUCUUGAAAGAUUUGAAACUGCUUCUGGUAGAUAAGGUUUAUGUUACAAACAUCCUCGGGUAUAUUGCUUACAACUUUGUCUUAGGCGCAUAUUCUUAUUGGGGUCCAAAGGCUGGUUAUAACAUAUACAAGAUGGAAAACGCUGAUUUGAUAUUUGGAGGGGUUACAGUUAUCUGUGGAAUCGUUGGCACAUUGUCUGGAGGAUUUGUCUUAGAUUUCAUGGAUGCUACUAUCUCAAAUGCUUUCAAGCUUCUGUCAGUUUCAACAUUUAUAGGAGGCCUGUUCUGCUUUGUUGCUUUCUGUUUCAAGAGCAUGUAUGCAUUUCUAGCUUUCUUUGCUGUUGGUGAACUUCUCGUCUUUGCCACACAGGGUCCUGUGAAUUUCAUAGUUCUCCAUUGUGUGAAACCAAGUUUGAGACCACUUGCAAUGGCCAUGUCUACUGUCUCCAUCCAUAUCUUUGGAGAUGUUCCUUCCUCACCACUCGUUGGAGUUCUUCAGGACUACGUGAACAAUUGGAGAGUGACUGCUCUUGUUCUUACAUUUGUUCUCUUUCCAGCUGCUGCAAUUUGGUCCAUAGGGAUCUUCCUAAACAGUGUGGAUCGUUAUAACGAAGAUUCAGAGUCUGAUGCUGUGACCAGAGAAUCAGCCGUAGCACCUCUUCUCGAGGAAGCAUGAGACAGCAACAAAGAGAGAAACUAACAAUGUCACAGUGUACUAAGGAAUCAGUCUAUGUAUGGUUUAUUCAUUAUCUCUUUUCUCUACUUUCUUGUACAAAGAUAUGUACUUAAACAUAAACAAUUACCUUGAAGUUGUAUAAUGCCUCUUGUUCUUA